CCUCCUCCCUCAGACCCAGGAGUCCAGACCCCCAGCCCUUCCUCCCUCAGACCCAGGAGUCCAGGCCCCCAACUCCUCCUUUCUCAGAUCCAGAGUCCAGACCCCCAGCCCCUCCUCUCUCAGACCCAGGGGUUCGGGUCUCCAGGCCUCCGGGCUUCCCCAACAACACACACCACGUUCCUCCUCCAGGACUUGUGCCGACAGCUCCAUGCCCGUGUGGACAAAGUGGAUGAAGAGAGAUAUGACAUACAGGCAAAAGUCACCAAGAACAUCACGGAGAUCGCAGAUCUGACCCAGAAGAUCUUUGACCUUCGGGGCAAGUUUAAGCGGCCCACCCUGCGGAGAGUGAGGAUCUCUGCAGAUGCCAUGAUGCAGGCGCUGCUGGGGGCCCGGGCUAAGGAGUCCCUGGACCUGCGGGCCCACCUCAAGCAGGUGAAGAAGGAGGACACCGAGAAGGAAAACCGGGAGGUGGGAGACUGGCGCAAGAACAUUGAUGCACUGAGUGGAAUGGAGGGCCGCAAGAAAAAGUUUGAGGGCUGAGCCUUCCUACCUACUGCCCCCGCCCUGAGGAGGGCCCUGAAGAAUAAAGCUUCUCUCUGAGCUGAAA